AUGGUGUCUUCGACGGCGCUAACGACGAAGGUGACUUCGGGGUCACCCUACCAGUUGGAAAAGACUCAGGUCUCCCGCGCCUCCACGGCCCUCCUCAAACACAUCGCGACCAAGCAAGACGAGAAAGAAAAGACAGCCACGAAGAAGACGCUUAUCGGCGACAACGACGACAGCGACGCGGAAGAAGGCAGCGCUCUGCACAACGAAGCGAUCUGGCUGGUCUUGACAACGAAGAAGCACAUCGUGGACAAGAACCGUCUGAAGCCAGGCAAGAUCCCUAUUCCGCACAGCCUGAACGCCUCUCCCUCCCUCAGCAUCUGUCUCAUCACCGCGGACCCCCAGCGCAGCGUGAAGAACAUCGUCACGGACCCGUCUUUUCCUGCACACUUGUCGUCGCGCAUCGAGCGGGUGAUCGGAUACUCGAAGCUGAAGGAUCGGUACAAGAGUUUCGAGAGCCGGAGACAGCUUCUCGCUGAACAUGAUGUGUUCCUGGCUGAUGAUCGGAUUAUCAUGCGGUUGGUGAAUACGCUCGGCAAGGUUUUCUAUAAGAGUAGUAAGAGGCCGAUUCCGGUGCGGAUUGCGGAGAUUGAGAAGGUCGAUGGGAAGAAGGUGAAGAAGGACCCCAAGGUUCGGAAUGCUAGGAAGGUGGAGGGUGAGGGGGAUAAGGAGAGUGCGUUUGCGACACCGGCGAUUGUGGCUAAGGAGAUUGAGAAGGCGUUGAACUGUGCGCCGGUGCAUUUGGCGCCUGCUACGACGGCGGCGAUCCGGGUUGGGUCGAGUAAGUUCUCCGCUAAGCAGGUGGCGGAGAAUGUGGAGGCUGUUGUGAAGGGGUUGACGGAGAAGUUUGUCACCAAGGGGUGGAGGAAUAUUAAGGCGUUGCAUAUUAAGGGGGCUAAUACGAUGGCGAUGCCGAUUUGGUUGGCUAGUGAGUUGUGGGUUGAGGAUGGGGAUGUUGUUGAGGAGGAGGAGCAGACUCCUGCUGUUGAGGCGGGUAAGAAGCGCAAGCAGAUUGGUGAUGCUGAGGAGGAGAAGGUGAUUGAGGAGGCGCCGAAGAAGACCAAGAAGGCUAAGGCUAAGGCUGGUCAGGAUGAUGAGGAGACGCUGUCGCUGGCUGCUAGGAAGGAGAAGCUUCAGAAGCAGAAGGCUAAGGCGUUGGAGGAUGGUGCGGUGGCGGUUCCGCCGGCGGCGACUGGUGCUGGUAAGAAGAAGAGAAAGUCGACUUCUUGA